AUGGCAACUUUCCUUCCCCUGGCCGUCACUUUCCUGAAGCGUAUUUUGGCCCCUCAGGGGGAGGCGAGCAGGCCAUCCAGCGCAGGAGGAGCCAGCGCGCUGGGCUGCGCUGCCUUCUGGCAGCAAGGCGAAAGGCGGCCUGGCAGAGCUUUGCCACAGCUAACGCCUGUCACUUUACCAGCCGCCGCCGCCUGGCUGGUCGCGCUUGUCUUGCUCGUCGUGCGCCAGCUGGCGGGCGUCGCCUCAGGCGCCUCCUUGCCUCUAGUCAUCAACACCUGGGCGUUUAGGAAAGCCGCAGAGACAGCUUGGAGAGUAUUACAGUUGGGAGGUUCUGAGCUGGAUGCGGUUGAGAGAGGCUGUGGUCAGUGUGAGAUUGACCAAUGUGAUGGGAGUGUGGGAUACGGCGGAAGCCCAGAUGAAAGUGGAGAAACAACACUGGAUGCAAUGAUUAUGGAUGGCAACACCAUGGAAGUUGGGGCAGUUGCGGAUCUCAGACAUGUAAAAAACGCAAUUGGUGUAGCGCGAAAGGUCAUUGAAUACACUAAGCAUACAUUAUUAGUGGGAGAGUCAGCCUCCCUGUUUGCUGUAAGAAUGGGGUUUCCAUAUGAAGAUUUAACUACCCAAAAAUCUCUUUCGGUGUAUUCAGAGUGGCUUAAUCAAAGCUGUCAGCCAAACUACUGGAAGAAUGUGGUACCAGACUCUUCAAAAUCCUGUGGACCAUACAAACGGCCUGAAAAAGUAACAUAUAAAGAAGAACAGACCUUCUCACAAAGAAGUGUUCAUAAUCAUGAUACUAUUGGUAUGGUUGUAAUCGGUGGGAGUGGAACUGUUGCUUCUGGGACAUCUACUAAUGGUGCAGUCCACAAAAUUCCAGGCCGUGUAGGAGAUUCUCCGAUAGCUGGAGCAGGAUCCUAUGCGGACAGUACAGCCGGAGGAGCUGCAGCUACUGGGGAUGGUGACGUCAUGAUGCGCUUCUUACCCAGUUAUCAAGCUGUGGAGUAUAUGAGGAUGGGAACAGAUCCAACUGUAGCCUGUCAGAAAGUUAUUUCCAGAAUCCACAAGUAUGCUCCAAAGUUCUUUGGCGCUAUUAUAUGUGCCAAUACAACUGGAAGUUAUGGUGCUGCAUGUAAUAGAAUUCCAGGAUUCACUCAGUUUCACUUCAUGGUUUCUAGCCCUUUGCUAAGUCAGCCAACUGAGCAAGUAGUAGAUUGCAUUUGAUUUCUUUUGUCAUGUUAACAUCU